AUGUUUGGUUUUGAUUCGGUGUCCCGUAUGACUUUCAUGCGGUGCUUGCCAAAAACAUACUCGUUUCUAAUCAAAGAACUCGGUGCUGUUGUUAUGAAAGGAUACAAUAUUGUUGGGGAUGGUACACCAGCAGCACUUCUUCCUAUUUUGACAGGAUAUACUGAAAUAGAAUUACCGGAAUCAAGACGAGGACAUGCAGGAGCUGAAACCGUCGAUCAGUAUCCUUGGAUUUGGAACCAAUUGAAAGAUAAUGGUUAUGUGACUCAAUGGGCCGAAGAUAUGCAGAGCGUUGGCACAUUUCAAUAUCGUCUAAAAGGCUUUCGAGAUCCACCCGUGGAUCAUUACGGUCGCCCGUUCUAUCUGUUUGCCGAACGCAUCAAUACGUUGAAACAGCUUUGUUUUGGUUCGAUCACUCGUCUUCAGGCGAUGUUCACUUGGAUUCGUAAUUUCUUCGAUAUGUAUCCUCAUCAACCGAAAUUUUCAUAUCUUUUCCAUUCCGAUUAUUCGCACGAUUCUAACGAUCGUUUACCAUAUGCUGACAAUGAACUUUUAACUUUUCUCCAAAUGAUGCAAGCACAUGGUUAUCUUGAUGACACGAUGCUCAUCAUAAUGACUGAUCAUGGUGCUCGGUUCUCAGCAUUGCGAAGGACUUAUCAGGGUAAAUUGGAAGAACGUUUACCUUUCAUGUCCAUUCGAAUGCCACCCAAAUUUCAAGCACAAUAUCCGACGAUCAUGAAAAACUUACGUUUAAAUUCACAUCGUUUAACGACGCCAUUCGAUCUUCAUGAAACAUUCCAACAUCUCUUCCAGUUUCAUGCACGCACUCCUUAUGAAUCAAAAUCGAAUCGUUCUUUCAGUUUAUUUGAGUUGGUGCCCGAAAAUCGAACUUGUGCACAAGCCGAUGUUGAUCAACAUUGGUGUGCGUGCCUCGAUUGGCAUGACAUAUUAAUCAAUACGUCGAUCAUUCAGCAGUAUGGUCGAGCUGUUGUCGAUUUCCUGAACAAGUUUGUGUCAGAUCAUCAACAGGACUGUGCUACACUUUCUCUACUUCGAGUGAUCAAAGCGAGUCGGUUCGAAGUCAACGAACGUGUCUUAAAGUUCGUCGGUGCAAAUGAUGUAGACGGUCGAAUACCAAAAUUCCAGAGCGACUUAUCACAAUCGUUGGAUGAAACGAGAUUCUAUCAGAUUCAGCUCGAAACGACACCCGGUCAAGGUCAAUUCGAAGUGACAGCCGCACACGAUCCGAAAAGAAAUACAUUCGAUAUUCAAAAGCGACAUAUAAGUCGGAUGAACGCAUACGGUACAACAUCGGCUUGUAUUGCAUGGAAACGGCCAGAAUUUCGAGAAAUUUGUUAUUGUUCUAAUUUGUUGGUUCACACAAAUGUGUCUAGUAAAGCUAUUAUCAUGAAUGAUCGAACAACGAUACAGAUAAAGAAUACAGCUGUGAAUAACAGCAAUGUUCAUGUAUAA